UCCGUGUGCGAGCGUCAUUGCCGUGUAAACGUCAGCUUGGGGGCGGGAAAAACCGAAACGCAAACUCCGACGGCGCCUUAAAUAACUGCGACCGUAGUAGUAAUAAUAAUCCGGUUAGCCGUAACCUUUGGCGGACCGACUUCCGGUUCGCUCCGGGUUGACAUUUCGGAAGUUGCCGCCGCAAUGGAAAUUCUCGCUGCGGAGACGCUAGUAAAAAAUAUCACGCAGCUGAUUCGAGCCGCACGGAACGAGAAGAUCCCAUAGAACGACGACGAUGGACAAAUACGAACAGGUAUCGGUGGUGGGGGAAGGCUCCUACGGGGUCGUGAUGAAAUGCAGGCACAGGGACACGGAUCAGUUGGUCGCGGUGAAGAAGUUCUUGGAGACGGAAGAGGACGCGACCAUCAGGCGCAUGGCGCUCAGGGAGAUCAGGAUGCUCAAAAGACUGAAACACGAGAACUUGGUGACGAUGAUCGAGGUGUUCCGCCACCGGAAACGCUUCUACCUGGUGUUCGAAUUCCUCGAGGGCACUGUCCUGGACGAGUUGGAGAAGAUGCCGGGCGGUCUAGGUGAGGAGCGCACCAGAGAACGGAUAUUCCAGGUGGUCCGGGCGAUCGGCUAUUGCCACGGCAACAACAUCAUUCACAGGGACGUCAAGCCGGAGAACGUCCUCGUGUCGUCUCAGGGCGUGGUCAAACUUUGCGACUUCGGGUUCGCGCGCUCGGUCAACCUCAGCGGGGAGGCGUGUACCGAGUACGUGGCCACCAGGUGGUACCGCGCCCCGGAACUACUAGUAGGCGAGCCCGUUUACAGCUCCCCGGUGGACGUGUGGGCCAUCGGAUGUCUUUUCGCCGAAAUGAUGACGGGCGAUCCAUUGUUUCCCGGCGAAAGCGACAUCGAUCAGCUUUAUCUCAUAGUCAAGAUGCUGGGCAAACCGUGCGCUCGUCACCAGCAGCUGAUGUCGAAGAGUACCCAACUGAGACCGAUAAUACGGAGCUCGACGUCGUCGGGCGAGUCUUCGACGAACCUCUACAAGGCGUUUCCGUCGUGGCAUCCGCAAGCCGUCGAAUUCCUGAUUGGUUGUACCAGAAUGGACCCGCAGGACCGUGCGACAGCCGACGAACUGCUCCGCCAUCCCUACUUCGUUCACGACAAGUUCCCGCAGAGGUUUCUGCCCGCGUUGAGGGAAAAGGUCAACGCGGAGUUUAACGCGCCGCUGCUGCGCAAAUUGAGGUCGGAAAUUUUACUGUCGACAGACAAAAGGGACGAAUGCAGACCGAGGAGGUCGUCGAACGAGGGAAGGUGGAGGACCGGCGAAGGCGCGUCGACCAAGAGGAAAUUGAACUGUGAGCAGUACGAAACGGAUAAGAACGUGAUCACGCUCGCCAAGAGUAGUCAGAGGCUAAAUGUAGUCAACGGAAAGGGCACCCAACACCAGCAGGUUUUAUCGAAGCAAACAGCACAACCGGCUCAAACAAGCAAAAUCAAAACCUCAUUCAAACUGCCGCCUCACACCGAAAUCCAGCUACUCGAAAAAUCACUUGGGAGUUUGGCGCGGAUCAACACGAACGACGAGAAUAGGCCGAUAUCCGCGCGGAACGGCAAAGAUCCCAGGACGACGCCGCUACUUCCAGAUUCACCUUCGCCGGCACCAUUCCAGUCCCUCCAUUAUUUCGGCCUCAACGAUUACGGCAGGUCGCCGCGAGCCCACGCCGCCGUGCUCCACCCUAGUAUCAGCAACAUCAGCUUCAACAGGGAGCUUCCGAAGAAGUCGCCCAACGUACUUCACAGUCUUAACAAUGCUUCCAAACAGACGCAGGUUCCUUUGCUGUCAAAUCCGCGGUCGCAGUUCGUCAAAAAGCUUGAACGAAACGUGAUGACGGAAAAUAUUUUCGGUUCAGAGGAUCCGGUCAACUUCGGUGGUAAUCCCACAACUUGGUUAUCUGGUUAUGCCUACAAUAGCCAAAAGAAGCGGGAGCUACCGAAACACGCGAAGCCCGACGAUUUCUCAUUGCCAAGUUUGACAGGAGUUAGCGGUUCACCGAACAAAAACAAGAAAAAGGACGUGACAGACUUCGAACUUCCAAUAUCGACGGAAGUUAGCCCGAGAGUAGAAUCGGCAACGUCACAAAACUCGCCCACCAUUUAACACGCAAACACCUAGAGACACUUUUUUAACGUGCGUUAAUUUUUUUUCGGACGUUUUGUUGUAGGCUUUCAGAUACAAGAAAGCGAAACGGAAACGCAACGUUUUGGAUAUCGCGUUGCCGGUAACCGUCAAAGAAAAGCCUAGUUUUCCAUAACCCAGU